AUGAAAGGAGUAGGCACCCCUGAGUACUACAGUGGAGGAGACUUGACCUUCAACCCUGAGACAGGACUCUGGGAGUUCUCUGCCAAGACCUACAUUGAGAAUUUGAUCCCCAAGCUUGAAGCACUCUACAAGAUCACACUGAAGAACUAUGGAUCUCCCAUGGAACCAGAAGAUCACCUCGAGUUGGAUGAGUCCCCCUACCUAGACAGCACCAGAGUUACCCUUUACCAGAUGUUGGUUGGUUGUGGCCAGUGGGCAGUUACACUGGGGAGAAUUGACAUCCAGUACACUGUCAAUACCAUGGCUAGUUCUCUGAAGGAAAUGAUUGGACCGGAUUGUACCCUGACUCCAUGGAGCCCAUUGACCCAGAUGCCCCUGAGUCCCUAG